GAUUCAACCGGAAAGUGUAAUUAAUGUAGUUCCCGUCAAAGGUAGCGCUGAGGCGAGUUCUCAGUCCAUAUCAACUGAGAGAUGACGGAUUCUCCAGAUGCAAACAGCUUACUUUCUGCUUCCUCCCAGCUCAACCUGAUGGAGGUAGAUGCGAUUGACGAUAAGGAGUUUGACAUUCCCCAAGUGGACACACCUCCCACACUGGAGAGCAUCCUCAAUGAGCUGGAAGAUGAGGAGGAACCUUUUGUAUUGGAGGACACCUGCAUGCUGAACACAGACAACAUGGAUGCUCACUCCUGUGACACCUCCUCUCUGGCCAGCUCUGACAGCGGAGACCCAGUACACCUCAAACGAAAGAGGAGGACAGUGGACCUGAAUCCCACAGUUCAUGGGUCUGUUCUUCGACACAGCCUGCUGAAGGGCAUAUCUGCGCAGAUCGUCUCUGCUGCCGACAAGGUGGAUGCUGGAUUGCCAACUGCUAUAACAAUGUCGGGUGUCAUUGCUGUGGGAACAUCUCAUGGUCUGGCUCUGGUCUUUGAUACCAACCAGGCUCUGAGGCUCUGUCUGGGCACCAAAGCAACUGGGGCCGAGUUUGGAGCUGUCUCAGCCCUCAGCAUCAACCACGACUGCUCAAGACUUCUCUGCGGGUUCGCCAAAGGACAAAUAACGAUGUGGGAUCUUGCCAAUGGGAAGCUCCUGAGAACUAUCAAUGAUGCUCACCCUCCAGGGACAGCUAUACUGCAUGUGAAGUUCACAGAUGAUCCAACUCUUGCAGUGUGCAAUGACAGUGGAGGAUCAGUUUUCGAGUUGGCUUUCAGGAGGGUGAUGGGGAUGCGCUCGUGUGACUCUCGAUGCCUCUUCAGCGGCUCUAAAGGGGAGGUCUGCUACGUUGAACCUUUGCAUGCUCCUCCAGACUUCAGAGACCAUCCCAUCACACACUACUGCCUGUUGGCCAUGGCCUCUCUCACUAAGAUUCUGGUCAUUGGACUGAAGCCAUCGCUGAAAGUCUGGAUGACUUUUCCCUACAGCAAGUCUGACCCGUCCAGUGUUCCUCAGCUGGCCUGGCAGUUUGUUCCUGUUCAGAAGACGGUCAAUCCCAUCCUGGCUUUUUGCAAGGGGGAUACAGUCCACUUCCUCCUGGUCAAGAAGGAGGAGACUGGGACCAUCCAUGUCAUCAAACAAAGACAGCUUCACCUCAGCUGUGACAUCAUUAGCUUGAGUUGGAUUAACAGUCGUACGCUGGUCCUGGUAGACAGCCACGAAAAGCUGCACGUUGUGGAUCGGCCCAGUCAAGAGGUUUUGGAGACUCUGGACUUGGAGCAGGUGCAAUUGGUCUAUAACAGCCGACAUUUCAAAUCGCUGGCCACUGGAGGGAAUGUUUCCCAGGCUCUGGCUUUAGUGGGAGAAAAGGCCUGCUACCAGUCAGUCUCGAGCUACGCAGGACAGAUUGUCUAUUUGGGCACCAAGUCAGCUCACAUUAUGACUCUCAGGAACUGGAGAGAGCGUAUAGACUGUCUGCUGAAGCAGGAGCAUUUUGUUGAGGCUCUCUCUCUGGCCUGGUCUUUCCAUGAGGGAACAGCAAAAGCUGUGGUCGGCCUGUUUGGUGAUCCAGUAAAAAGGAAGGGAGUUGUGGCUGACAAGAUGGUGGAGAUCAUUUUCCAGUUUACAGAGUAUGCUUUGAAGAAGUGUCCAGAACAAGGCAAGAUCCAAGUGAUGGAGCAGCACUUCCAUGAUGUGGUUCCAGUCCUGGUGGAUUACUGUUUACUGCUACAGAGGCCUGACCUGCUCUUCAACCAGCUGUAUACUCGGCUGGUGGAGAACACAGUGGCUAAGGGCGUCUUUCUGGAGUCACUGGAGUCAUACAUUGUCGCGGACCGCCUUGGUCACCUCACCACACCCAUCAUGAGAGACCUCCUGGCCCAUUACCAUGGCAGCGGUAUGAUGGACAGCUUGGAGAGAUGCAUUGUCCAUCUGGAUAUCACAAGUCUGGACAUACAGCAGGUGGUUCAAGUGUGCUGGGAGAACCAGCUCUAUGAUGCAAUGAUCUACGUUUUCAACAGUGGCAUGAAUGACUACAUUACACCAAUGGAGAAACUCUUUGCAGUGAUUGGCCCACCUAUUAGGGAGGGGAGGAGCCUAACAGAUGAGGAAGUGGUGAUGGGAAACAAACUUCUGGUGUACAUAAGCUGCUGCCUUGCAGGAAGGGCAUAUCCACUAGGAGAUAUCCCUGAAGACCUUGUGGUUCAAGUCAAGAACCAGGUGUUUGAAUUUCUUAUCCGUCUUCAUUCAGCUGACUCAUCAGAGGAGGAGGAGGUGUUCCCAUUUAUUCGUACACUCCUCCACUUUGAUACCCGGGAGUUCCUCAACGUUCUCGCCAUGACAUUUGAAGACUUUAAGAAUGACAAGCAAGCCCUUGAAUACCAGCAGAGGACAGUGGACAUCUUACUUCAGGUGAUGGUGGACAACCCAGACUUUACUCCCUCCCAGGUGGGCGGGCUCUUCACCUUUUUGGCUCGCCAGUUGGCCAAGCCCGACAACACACUUUUUGUGAACAGGAAGCUCUUUGAUCAGGUUUUAGAGUUCCUGUGUUGUCCAGAUGAUGACUGCCGACACACUGAGAGACAGCAGGUUCUGCUGGAGCUGCUGCAGGUUGGGGGUGUGGUCCAGUUUGAUGAAGGGAGGCUGUUGGCUUUGGCAGAGAAGGCCAAGUUCUACCAAAUCUGUGAAUUUCUUUAUGAGAAGAAACAUCUGUAUGACAGGAUCAUUGACUGCUACCUGAGAGACCCCCUCAGAAAGGGGGAGAUCUUCAGCUACAUCCAUAAUCUGCUGUCCAUGCCUGGCUACAGCCCUGAGGAGAAACAGUCAGUCAGAGAUAAAGUACUGCAGCACAUGCAGGAGCUGGUGACACUUGGCCCUCGUAAGUCAGCUGACUUAGUGGUGUUUCACUUCACUGAAGAGGUGCGGCAAAUCAUCUCUGACCUUCAGGAUGAUCAGCUACUUUUCAGCUUCCUCAGCUGUCUCCUGGAGCCACGGGAAGGCCAGCAUUCCGGGACCAGCCUGCUGCUGGAGCCUGACCUCCAUGAACUUCAGCUGGAUUUACUGAGCCGCUUUGCCCCGGAAAAGCUCCUGAGCUUCCUGCAGACCUCCCAGCACUACAGACUGGAAGAAGCCAUACAAAUAACACAGAAGUACCGCCACAAUAAGGCUACAGCCUAUCUGCUGGAGAAGAAGGGAGAUUUUCAAGGAGCCUUUGAUGUCUUGUUAGAGACACUGAAGGAAAACCUGAACCUCCUCACUGCUGAGAGCGACAGAGGAGUUGAAGAAGGAGAUGUAAGACAUGAUGAGGAGGAGAGAGACAGUGAAUCAACACUGACAAGAGUGAAGGAUUCACUGAAUGACAUCAUUGCCUUGUGUCAUCAGAGCUCUCAGAACCUCAACCAGCAACAAAGAGAGGCUCUGUGGUUUCCACUUCUGGAGACCAUGAUGGCUUCUCAAAAACUAGUGAAGGGGAAACACACAUUUGAGGUUUUGAAGGAGCUGACGAUGAAGGUUCUCAACUGUAUGAGCAGCUUUAUUUCUCUUCCUGUCAUCAUUCAACGGAUACUCCAGGACCCAGUCUAUGGGAAAGGGAAGCUGGCAGAGAUCCAAGGUCUUAUUCUGGGUAUGCUGGACACUUUUAACUAUGAACAGACUUUACUUGAAACAACCACCAGUCUGUUGAACCACGACCUCCACUGGUCCCUGGCUCACCUGCGUGCGGCUGUCACCAGGGGCCUCCAUCCACGACAGGACUACUGUAACAUCUGCCUGCAGCAGUACAAGAGGAGGCAGGACUCAGCUGAGGAGAUCAUUGUGUUCAGCUGUGGCCAUCUGUACCACCUCCAGUGUCUGCAGCAGAAGGAAUGUGGGCAUGGCUUUACUCUGGACCUUCAACAGCGGUGGAGCUGCUACAAGUGCUCGUCCAGCAAAGGAGGAAGGGGCGGACAUACCACUGAACCGAAAAGAGGCCGCUGUACAUCCCUGGCACAGACUCGUGUUUCUUCAGUGCAUCAUGAUGCAGGAGCAGAGGCCGACAGAAAGAAGGUGUUUGUUGAGGCAACACUGGACCUUCAGCAGGAACAGUCCUGGGAUCAGCUACGUUGUUUAUACCGAGGACCAUCCAGGUUGUCCAUCCUUUCAGAACUGUCCCACAGCCACAGCAAUGAGAAGACAGGACUUCUAAUUACAGCUCAAUCGGGAACAGAGAAUUUCCAACUUAAACUCUCUCCUCCGCCUCUGUUGGAAGAGUGAAGGGUGGAUUCUUCCUUCAUUUGUUGACACUUGAGUAAAGCAGGACUGGUUAAGGACGAGACAUUCUAUGCACUUCUGAUUUCCUGCAUUUGUCCAGCUAUUUUACAUCAAUGUGGAUUUAAGCUUUCCACUGCUUUGAUAUUGUUAAACUUCUGUGAAACCGUUUCUGUCAAAACAAACUGUGUAAUAUUGAUCACACUUUGGUAAUUUUACUAAAUGUAGCUUUAUUUUAAUCCAUUGUUUAUGUAUCACAGCUGGCUGAAAUAUAACUGUAAAGGAGGCUGAUGUAUUUUGCAGGGAGGGAAUUGAAAUGGAAUGUUUGUUUACAAGCAUUAAAAAGACAUAACAUAACUGUG